AUGUACAGAGAGCAAUUUCAUAUUUUGGAAGAUCUUUUAAAAAGUUCUCAAACACAACAGAUUUGGUCAAUUUAUAGUUUAUGCAACCAUAGUCCUAAAUUUGAGAAUUUGGAAAUAUGUAGAGAUAUUUUGAAGUUAUUUGUCAAAUACCUACUUGAUGAGAAAAAAGAUUUAGGAGCAGAGAUAGUAUAUUUAUUAAUGGGUGAUGUAUUAUCUGAUAAAAUUACAUACAAGUUAGUUUAUGAUUCAGAUUUGCCAUUAAAUGGAUUAAAAGUUGAUAAUUCGAAUAUAUAUGGAAUAGUUUCAAGAAAAAGCCAUGAAAAAUUGCAACAAGAAAGUAAUUUAAGAUUAAAUUUAUCACAAUUUCAAAUAGAAUGUGAUGAUAUUUAUAAGUCAAUAAAAGCAAAGAAUUCUUUAUCAGAUAAAUUAUGGAUUUCAAGAUUUUCAAAUAUAAGUAACACAAAGUCUUAUCUAUCUAGAGAAUCUAUUACUAGUUCCAAUUUCACUAACUUGGAGCAUUCAGAAGUAAAAUGUAAAACUGAGCCAUAUCCUUUAUUAUUUAAUAAUGGUAAAGGAUCUCAGGAUAGAAUUAAGUCAUCUAUAAGGGAGAAUAUAAGCGUUGAAAAUGAAAAGAAAAAGGAGAAUGAUCAUUCCAUGGAUAUUGAAAACAAUACUGAUCCUUAUCCUAUGAAACAUGAAUUUAAGAAUGAGAAUAAAGUUAUUAAUAUUAAAGAUAACAAAGUUGAUGUAUCGGAAUUAGGUACAAAAAAAGAACAUAACAAGGUUGAUGAAAAUGAAGAUGUGAUUAACUUAUUUAAAGAUGAAGAAAAUGAAAACAUAAGUAUUACUGAUGAAUUUGUCCAAAAUGAAGAUAAUAAAUUGAAACCAGUGAAAAGAAGAAAAACUACUAAAUUAAAAAUAUGUAGUGAUAAUAAUGAAGAUAACAAAGAUGAUAAAGAUAAGAUAGAAUUUGAUCCUUUAGAAGUUGAACCAAUUAUACAAAGCAAGGUAAGAAAAGAGAGAAUGUAUAAGGAUGCGAAGACAGGUUAUCUAGUUGUUGAAGACGAUGUAGAUUUUGUAAUGGAGAAAGAAAAUAAAAUCUCAAAAUUGGGAGAGAAAAAUCUUGGAAAUAAUGAUAAUGCUACAUUAAAAAAACCAAACAAAGGAAAGAAGUCUCAUUCUUUGAGUUCAAAUACGAAUUCUGGUACAAGUAAACAACAAACACUAAACUCCUUUUUCAAAAUAACAAAGACAACAAAUAAAUAA